AUGUCAGAACCAAGACUCGUCGACUCCUUCACCGCGCCAAAGGAGAUCCUGCAGGAGUUCGCGGACAUGGCCGAAGAAGAGGACAUCGACCCGUUCGCAGAGACGGCCUCCAACCGGCAAAUCGCGUCCCGCCAGUCUGCCUACCAGAACCGCAAAUUCAACCGCCAGGCGCAUGAAAGUGCGGACGCCUUCAAGGCUGCAGAGAAUGGUGAAGAGAUCGAGGGAGGGUACAAGGACGCGAUGAGGUUGCAGCGGCUGGAAAAGGAGGAGGAGCGGGUGCGCAGGGCGAUCGACGACAAGGAGAAGCAGGCGCGAGAGGAGGGCCAGUCGAAGAUGGACCUGGAUAGGACGCCCCCUCGCGCCGAGCUCGAGGCGGCAGAGAAGGAGCUGGCAGCGAUGCACGGGGCAAAGCGCAAGAGGAAGACCGAGCCGGAGGAGAACAAGGAAAACCGGGUGACUAAGGGUGAGUGGUCCCAAGAGGCUCUCGAGGGCGCUGCGCCAAAGAAGCGGCGUUCUAGAUGGGAUGCGACCCCCGCCGACGUCGCCGCGGAGACCCCCAGUGCGAAGAAGUCACGUUGGGACCAGGCCCCCGCUGCCGCCCCCGAAGUACCCAUGAUGCCCAUUAUCAUGAACGCUCCCGGUCUCAUGCAAGAGGACAAGCACAAUCGCUACCUCUCCGACGAGGAGCUCGACGCCAUCCUCCCCUCCUCGGGGUACACCAUCGUUACUCCUCCGCCAGGAUAUGCACCUCUCAUGAGGCCGCCCAAGUUGUCAGCACCUUCGUCCACGGAGAUAGGAGGCUUCCAGAUACAGGAAAGCUCGGAUGCAGCUGCAGCGGCCGCGGCCGCGGGACUUGCGCCUGAGCUACCGACCGACAUCCCGGGCGUCGGCAACCUAGCUUUCUUCAAGGCGGAAGACGCCCAGUACUUUGCGAAGAUCCUCAAGGAGGAGGACGAGACUGAGCUUACGGUGGAUGAGAUGAAGGAGCGCAAAAUCAUGCGUCUGUUGCUCAAAAUCAAGAACGGAACACCUCCCGUUCGCAAAACGGCCCUUCGACAAAUCACAGACAAGGCCGGGACUUCGAUCCUCCCGCUACUCAUGGAGCGCACUCUCGAGGACCAGGAGCGUCAUCUUCUCGUGAAAGUCAUCGACCGCGUCUUGUACAAACUCGACGAUCUUGUUCGCCCGUACGUGCACAAGAUUCUGGUCGUCAUUGAGCCUCUGCUCAUUGACGAAGACUACUACGCUCGCGUUGAAGGUCGUGAGAUCAUCUCCAACCUGUCCAAGGCCGCCGGUCUCGCCCACAUGAUCUCUACCAUGCGUCCCGACAUCGAUCACGCCGACGAGUACGUGCGUAACACUACCGCUCGAGCCUUCUCUGUUGUCGCGUCGGCCCUCGGAAUCCCUUCCCUCCUCCCCUUCUUGAAGGCUGUCUGUCGUAGCAAGAAGUCCUGGCAAGCUCGUCACACUGGUAUCCGUAUCGUCCAGCAAAUCGCGAUUAUGAUGGGUUGCGCGGUCCUCCCUCAUCUACGUAACCUUGUCGACUGCAUCGCUCACGGCCUGCAGGAUGAGCAGACAAAGGUCCGCACGAUGACCGCUUUGGCUCUUGCUGCAUUGGCGGAGGCCGCGGCGCCUUACGGAAUCGAGUCGUUCGACAACGUUCUCAAGCCCCUCUGGGUCGGUAUCCGUCUCCACCGCGGCAAGAGUCUGGCGGCCUUCCUCAAGGCCAUCGGUUUUAUUCUGCCUCUCAUGGACCCGGAGUACGUCUCGUACUACAUCAAGGAGGUCACCAUCAUCCUCAUUCGCGAGUUCCAAACUUCGGACGAGGAGAUGAAGAAGAUCGUUCUGAAGGUCGUGCAGCAGUGCGCAGCCACGGAAGGUGUCACCCCGCAGUACAUCAAGCAGGACAUCCUUCCUGACUUCUUCAAGGCGUUCUGGGUGCGCCGCAUGGCACUUGACCGCCGGAACUACCGCCAGGUUGUCGAGACUACUGUCGAGCUCGCUCAGAAGUCGGGUGACGAGGCGGAGCCGUACAGGAAGAUGGUCAUGGAGACGAUCACCAAGGUUGUCGCCUCCCUCGGUGCCUCCGACAUUGACGAACGUCUCGAGGUUCGCCUCGUCGACGGCAUUAUCUACGCCUUCCAGGAGCAGACUACGGAGGACCAGGUCAUGCUCGACGGUUUCGGGACGGUCGUCAACGCGCUCGGCAUUCGUGUCAAGCCCUACCUCACGCAGAUCGUCUCCACCAUUCUUUGGCGUCUCAACAACAAGAGCGCGAAGGUCCGUCAGCAAGCCGCGGAUCUAACUACCCGUCUCGCUGUCGUCAUCAAGCAGUGCGGUGAAGACCAGCUUCUCAGCAAGCUCGGUCUUGUGCUCUUUGAGCAGCUCGGUGAAGAGUACCCCGAUACUCUCGGUAGUAUCAUCGCCGCGGAGGGUGCUAUCGCGAACGUUGAUCUAUUGCCGCGCAUGACACCUAUCUUGCGUAACAGACACGAAAAAGUGCAGGAAGCCACAAUCAACUUGAUUGGUCGCAUCGCCGAUCGCGGUGCCGAGUUUGUCCCGCCCAGCUUGGGUCCCCAGGACGUCCUCCAGGUGCUGCUCACGAACUUGCGCGUCCAGGAACGUCAAAGUCGUGUCUGCAGUACUGUAGCCAUUGCCAUCGUUGCGGAGACUUGUGGACCCUUCACAUGUAUCCCCGCCAUCCUCAACGAGUACCGCACCGCCGAGCUCAACGUCCGCACGGGCUGUCUAAAGGCCCUUUCCUUCGUCUUCGAGUACGUCGGCCCACAGUCCGCGUACUAUGCCGACUCCGUCGUCACCAUGCUCGAGGACGCCCUUACGGAUCGCGACCUCGUCCACCGGCAGACCGCGAGCACGAUCGUCAAGCACCUCGCGCUCGGCGUCGCCGGCCUCGGCUGUGAGGACUCAAUGCUCCACCUGAUGAACCUCGUCUGGCCCAACUGCUUCGAGACGUCCCCGCACGUCAUCGGCGCUGUCAUGGAGGCCGUCGAGGCGAUGCGCGUUACACUCGGGCCAGGGGUGCUUCUCUCAUACGUCCUCCAGGGCCUUUUCCACCCCGCGCGCAAGGUGCGCGAGGUGUACUGGCGUGUGUACAACUCGCUCUACCUCGGCGCGUCGGACGCGCUCCUCAGCGAGGGCCAGAAUGUGUACGACCGCCACCCGCUGCAGAUGUUUGUUUGA